ACACCAUUUCCGGCAUUGAUUUUAUACAAAUUUGCCUCAACAACUGCGCGCAGUGCAAGAAAAUGUUCGGUGACUACUUUCAGGGCCAGACAUGCGCUGAAUCCUGCCUCAAAUUCAAGGGUAAAGCCAUACCCGACUGCGAGGAUAUUGGCUCCAUUGCACCUUUCCUCAAUGCGCUCGAAUAGAGGGAGUAAAGACACUGUAUAUAUCGAAUCGCGCUCUCAUAUUCAAUACGUAAAUUUUGCUGCUGUCGCCUUCGCUUGUUCACUGCGCUGUUGCACGAUUUUCGUGAUACCCUCAAGCCAUAACCGCCUGCUCACGCACCCGUUUUUUUUUUUUUGUUUGGUUAAUGCGUAAUUUUUGGGUUUAUGGUAGAUGUAUGCUGCUGUGAAUUGUUAUACUGUGUUGUUUUGUGUGCCGAACGCGCGCUGGUCGUUGGUGACCUUUGGUACCGCUUUGCGAAUUUGUAACGCCUGUGUGGCGUACGCAUCUUAUUUGGGUCAUUGUCGGUGUGGACGUCGGCAUCAGCGCUGCGAUAAUCACUCGCUGGGUAAUCGCAUCGCUUAUCAUAUGAUCAAAACAUAACAUCACCUUGCAAACAAAUUUUUAUGGAUUGUUUUAAGUGCAUUUAUCAAUUGAGACAAACGGUCUGAAAGCAUUACUUGUUGUUCGCCUGACAACUUCUUUUUUUCUCAAACCUGCGGUACCUACUGUACGCAAAAGGAAGAGAAAACAAGUUAAAAAAUAAUCACACGUAUAGCCAUAUUGUGUCAGAAAGUUCCUAAACCAAAACAUUUUAGUAUUAUAUUUAUGUAUGUAGCUAAUUGAU